GGAUCAACUUUUUUCUUGGCAAUUAUCUCGGUCGGUUAAAUAAAACAAUACGUCAUAGAGAAAGUCAAUUGAAGGCUGUUUCUGAAAUCAUUUUCAUUUAUCAGUUUUUAGUGUGUCCUUUCUAUUUCACCUCAAAGAUGAGAUGUAGAGUUUGUCUGCUGAAGGUUUGGGCACCCUCUGCUUUGUUUGAGUUAGUUGAUCAUUAACUUCAGUAUUUUACAAAAAGUGUCCAGGAAAAGGGUGAAGGAGAGAUAACAACAUGCACACAAACUCACACAGCACCCGUUUACUGCUCAGCCAUUGGACACGUUCUCUUUUUACUUUGCAAACCAGGAAUGGUUGAUCAGAUUUUACCUCAAAGAAUGUAGAGCUCAGAACCAACCAUCCUCUAACAGUCAACAAUAACUAAUGUGAUUUCAUGACAAACGCAUUAACAAAGAAGUAGUGUGGUUUAGUUAGUAAUACCAUUUUGCAGGCAGACUUCUUUCCCACAACAGUAAGUUAAUAAUUCAACGACUUUUGACCGUAAAGAAUGCAGUUGAAACCUUUCAGCAAAGCUCAGCAGUGUAUCAAAACCAAAGUUCAUGUCAGUGGGUUGGAGUGUCAGGGGCUUGUAACAUAAGCAGAUUUCUCACUUACGACAUUUUAAAGCAGGUCUGUUGCUGCAGAUUAGACUUGAUGGGAUUUGGUCGAGUGUAAGGAGACUUUGUUGUUCCUGGCCAAGAAACUAUAUCAGAAACAGAGAACUUUAAACAAACCUGAAUGAGAGUGUUGGCAGUGUUCGAGCUGUGAGCAUUACUUCUUGCCGUGUAGUAACAGGAUCAGGCCGUGCAAAAACUUGAAGCUCUUCAACAUGGAAUGUGUUGUUGUCAUUUCUGUUGCCUCUGGCUACACUACAUACAGUAUAAGACACACUGAAGAUUACAGCAAAAUGCAUGGUUCCUUUCUAGUCUAGGACGUCUGUAAUCAUAGGAAAUUGCAUACAAUAUUGGGGGGGGGGGCAAUUGUUUGCUUCAGGUGUCAUGCCUGGUGUAUUCACUGUGAAACUAAACCUUUAACAAAAGAGGGCAAACAAAUCCAGCUUUGCUCUCCCACCCUGAGAGGUGCAUGAAAUGGAUCCAUUUCAUUCAGGAAGGUAGGAGUGUUUCAGAGUGCUCCCUUUUAUUCUAUUGAGGCCGAGAGGGGAGCUCUGAGUGAAAGAGUCCUUAUUCUUCUUUUUUUGUUUUUUAAGGAAAGGUACAGACAGCUGCCAGGUCGAUUAAGUCAAAUGGAGGCAGAGAGGAAGGAAGAAUCUCCUUCUCUACAUUUUAAAUUAAAAAACAUGUGGUCCUGUUGUUUAACACUGAUAGUACUUUGAUUAUUAAGACAUGGACGAUGUUGAUUUAUAGGAAAUUAGCUUCUAUCUGUCUGUGCACUGUGACUCAUAUUAAUCUGUUUUUUUGGGGGGAUGGUGCCACUCCUCGGACAAGUAUGAACAUAGAAAGCAUUCUUCUCUCUCUGUGAUAAUUGCCCUGGUGAUGAUUUCGAUUGGUGUGUACGCCCGCAUGAUGAAACAUGCAGAGGCGGCUCUGGCAUGUCUCUCCGUGGACCCCGCCAUGAUGCUGUUGGUGAUCGGGGUCCUCAUGUUUUUCCUCACCUUCUGUGGCUGUGUGGGCUCCCUGCGAGAAAACAUCUGCCUCCUUCAAACAUUCUGUAUCUGUCUGACUGUGAUCUUCUUGCUCCAGCUGACUGCUGGGAUCCUGGGCUUCAUCUUCUCUGAUAAGGCUCGGGAUAGAGUGACUGAGAUCAUCAAUAAGGCCAUCGUCCACUACAGAGAUGACAUUGAUUUACAAAACCUCAUUGACUUUGGCCAGAAAGAGUUUGACUGCUGUGGAGCCGUGACAUACACUGACUGGUCUAAGAACAUGUACUUCAACUGCAAGACAGAUAACCCGAGCAGAGAGCGCUGCUCCGUCCCCUUCUCCUGCUGUAUACUAUCCGAAGACAAGCUGGUUAUAAACACCAUGUGUGGAAUGGGCGUGCAGGAUUUGGAGUACGUUCAAGCGGGAGAUCACAUCCACACCAACGGCUGCAUAGACAAACUGGUGGACUGGAUCCACAGUAACCUGUUCAUACUGGGAGGCGUAGCACUGGGACUUGCAAUACCACAGCUGGUCGGCAUCCUCUUGUCCCAGAUAUUGAUCAACCAGAUCAAAGACCAGAUCGAGAACCAGAACUACUACAUCCAACACCGUUCAGACCCGUGGAGCUGAUCCAGACCACAUCAGACCUGAUCAUCAGUUUUGAGAGGAGAACCUUAGUUCUCUGACAGAACAUCUGUCUCCUUUGCCUGGAGUGAACAUUCAGAGUCGUUGCCUUCGUCCUUAAGACACAAGACUUGUGUUCAGUGUGGAUGAUCCUUUUAUGUGUCUUUAAAUAAUUUGCAUGGAGGUGGACUUCAAGUCACAUAAAGGAAACCGAUGGUGAAAUAGGACACUGUCGCCACCUAGGGGACAUAGACGUUACUCGAAUUGAAUAAAAUCGUUUUUUUUGUAGUUUCCUGUUACUGAUAGGUUUUUUUCUGUGUAAUCUUGAACAAGACAAUCAUUCCAUUAAUGUGAAAGACUCAAAAUUGAAGCAGAAUUUAAUGGAUCAAUGCAUUUUGAUAUCAGCUGUAUCAAAGAAGCUUCAAAUGUUACUGAAAAAAAUGAUUUAUAUUCAUGAACACGAUGAUUUUGUAGACUUUUUUUUUUAGGAUUCAAGAAUGUCCAGAAUUGUUUCUUAUGGCUGCCAGAAUCAGUGAAAAUACAUCCAAUAUUUUGUUCUGAGUCAUUUUUUAUUGUGUUACUAGCAAUGGAAAAAAAAAUUCAUGCACGUUUUCUUUUUCAUUUGUUUUUUAAAAGUUGUUUUAAAAGGACAGGUCAUCCUCCUUGAUGCAUUGUUGAACAUAAGCAUGAGAUAUGCACAUAUGUCAGUGUGUAUUUACUGUAUGAGUCUCAUGUUUUCCCAAGUUGAUCUUAAUGCCAAAAGUAAAAUAAACAGUUUUUACAACAUGAGCUGUAAAGAACAUGUUUGCGCCAAUGGUCAUACUGUCCAUAAAGCUAUGUUGGGCUGCUUAGUUGUCCUACCGUGACCUCA